AUGGAGAAGAACGGAAGAGUUACUGUUCACCGGUUGUCUCAACAACAAGAGCACCACGUUAGUAGGGAGAGAGACAUCCUGACAGGUAUGACGUCGAGCCCCAAAUGGUUCCCGACCAAAUACAUGUACGACGAGGUGGGAUCGGCACUCUUUGAGAAGAUAUCGAAGGAGCCGCAUUACUACGUUUAUCACGCCGAGACGGAUAUACUUCGCGCGCACGCCGAGGAGAUAAUGGAGUUCGUUCAUCCACAGGAGAUGGUUGAGUUGGGUUCUGGUGCGUCUGAUAAGACGAAAAUACUCCUCGGGGCCAUGCACUCGACCGGAUGCUCGCGAUACGUCCCGCUCGAGAUUUCUGAAAAGACUCUACGCCAUUCCGCGGAGCAACUCACGGAGGAGAAUCCGUGGCUCACAGUGGACGGUUACUUAGGCGAUUUCGACACAGAUCUCCCGCAGUUACCAAGGACCGGGCGUCGCCUGUUGGUCUUUUGGGAAACACGGUCGGAAACUUCAAGAGCAAGGCCGAGCGUGUAG